AUGAAAGAGGAUCUGAGGACACUCGGCGUGGAUGGGCAGUUCUGGAGAGACGUAAGGUUUCGUUGGAUAUGGAAUAGCGACGAAUGGAUUGAUUCUGUGCCACUCUCGCAGAACAUCGAGAAGGUUGAGCAGAGCUAUGUUCGAGAACGAUACUUAGAUGGCACGUCUUCACUGGACGUGCAGGCCCCAGCAUGUCUUCCAUUCGUUUCCUUCCCUCGUCAUUGUCAUCCAAGAUGUUCUCAAGUUUCUUCACCUAUCGUCGAUCCUUCUCAUAAUGUCUGCGACCCAUUUGUGCUUUGCGUUGGAUUUGUAUUCUGCUGGGUGACGAAGACGGGGCAAGGCUCGUAA